AUUCCUUCUCAAAGAAGCCAAUGAGUUCCUUUGUUUAGGAACCGCGCUUCUACUUCUUCUUCUUCUUCUUCUCCAUCGAGCUCUCGAGCUCUUCUCCAAUGGACGAUGACUUCAAGGCUGCUGCAAUCCUUGAGUUCAUUCUUCGGCAACCCAUCGAAGACUGGCUCGCCAACGAGCUCUUCCUCGCCAUCCCUGUUUCGUCCCCUCUCUCUCCGUGCCUCACCAAGACCAUCCUCAUCCGCCGCCUCGCCUCUGAGCUUUCGUUUCGUUCCGUGUCUGAGCGAUCUCUCCACUCCCUUGAGCUCCUCAAUGAUCUGCACCACAGCAAUGACCACUCUGAUUCGCUUCGUGCGGCGUAUUGCGCUGUCGCCGUCGAGUGCACUGCUUGCUUCUUGCGUUCUCGUCCCGCGGAUGAUUAUGGGGAGUUCUUUGAUGCGGUGAAUAGGAUAUGGAAUUGUAGGGUGACGGAUCUCGAGAGCGCGGAGGAGGCUGCUGGGUUGGUUUCCGAUGGGUUGAAGAGGGCCAGGAAGGAGAUGGAAGAGGCGGUUGUGGAUUCUAGGGUUAGGGAUGCGUUGAAAAGGAGGGAUACCAAGAAGGAGGCUUUGGAAGCCGUUAGGGUUUAUUUGAAGGAAGAGAGUGCGAAGAUGGGACCUGCUUUUCUCGAGCUUGUUGCUGAAGCUAUUCGUGGCAGUAGGAGCAGCGGGGUUGAUCCUCCUUCGGUGGAAUUGAAGGAGAAGGGCGGUGGAUCUCUGGCCAAAGGUGGUAUCUCUGGCAUAAAACUCAAUCCUUUGACAUUACCGGAGGUGAUGAAAGUAAAGGAAGGGCUUAGAGCGAGUUGUAUGGGUUUGCAAACGGUGGUCAGAGACCCUCUUCCCGAUGCAGUGGCAUUGGCAGCCGAAGUAUCCACGGCAGUGCCAGUUGAAAUGGGGAAUUCUAAGCGAAACGCUGAUCAUGUGUUAUCUUCUGUGGAGGAGGGUGAUGAAGAUGAGGAUGAUGAUGGUGAAGCUCUCACAAGGCGUAAGAAAGAUACUGAAAUUGCUUCACGGCCUAAUGUUGUUGCCCGCUAUGCAACUCGUGCGCAAAUCGCUGAAGGGAAACAGAAGAUUGGAAAUAAUAGGAGAACAACAUCUACUGAGGAUGCUGGAGCUAAUUCAAGUGGGUCGGAUAGCAGGGAUAGUAUUGAAAUAAACAAGAAUGAUGAUGUGGUCAGAGACCCUCUGCCUGAUGCUGUGGAAAUGGUGGUUUCCGAAGAGGAGGAGGUGAUGAUGAUGAUGAUAGACACAGGGCAUGUUAAUGAUAAUGAAAUGGUUUCAAGGCCUAAUGUUGAAAACCCAAAUGCAACUCAUGUACAGGUUUCAAAAGGCAAAGGAAAAAUUGGAGAUUUGGGUGGAACCACAUCUAAGGAUGAUGCUAUAGCUAAUUCAAGUGGGUCAGGAAGUAAAGAUAAUAAUGAGGCAACUAAGAAAAAGCGCAGUAUAAUGGAUUGGAAUCCUACAGCGAGGGCAUAUGAGUGGGAGGAAGACUCAGAUUCUUCGUCUAGUGAGUCGCAAAGCCUUACAAGAAAGCCACACCUGCCAAGCUCCAAGAAAGGAGUAGUUUCUCCCUUGAAGGUUCAAGGGAACAGAAAUUUGGUUGGACGGAGAAAGAAAUUGAGAUGGACAACUGUCGAAGAAGAUACAUUGAGAAAAGCUGUGGAAAAGUAUGGUAAAGGGAAUUGGAAACUCAUUAAAAGCUGCCAUCCUGACAUAUUUGAAGAUAGAACAGAGGUUGAUUUGAAGGAUAAAUGGAGAAACAUGACCAAGCCUUAACUUUUUCACCAUUUUCCCACAAGUCAAAUACCUAAUGAUAUGUACAAUCCUCAACUGAUUUUAUAGCUGAUAUUACAUAGACUACAUUACCUCUUUCCUUUUUGCAUCUUCAAUAAUUAGCUGUCUUCCUAAUCAUAGUGUACAUUGCACUUGUUCCUUAGCUCUUAACUUUUGAGAGGCCAUGUUUUGGCUGAGACACUCUCUCAUUUCAGUGAAAAUCUCAAAAAAUCAAGUAUACACAUUUAUAGUUCUAA